AUGGACUCAGCUAAGAGUAGCAGUCUUCAACCGUCCGGGGGUGGCGACGAUGAGUUUGGUUCUCCCGCCGCUCCUCUGUCCGCCUUCUUCCGCUCCAGAACUGCCACCUCGGACGCCGCCACCUUGCAACCAUCACCCUACUACUACGGUGACUACCACUUCGACUCGCUCUCCACCCGUCCUUUCACCAGUUUCCCCUCCACUGUAACGUUUUCCUCCUCACCGCCAUCUGCCGCCGUCUCCCAUGGCGCUGGCGUCGGUGCAUCACCGGCGCAACAACUACCUGACCAGUCUAACGUCGCUGCUGCGACACCUGCGCCGGAACGGAGCUCCAAGAAGCGGUGCAGGGCGUCACGGCGUGCCCCGACGACGGUGCUCACCACCGACGCCUCCAACUUCCGCGCCAUGGUGCAAGAACUCACCGGCAUCCAGUCCUUCGCGGCCUCCCCCUCCCCUUGCGCCGGCGCUCGCCUUGGCAUCUUCCACUCUGCCGCUGCCUCCCGUUCCUACUCUGACCCUCCGUUGCCGGCGUCAUCUUUCUUGCUCCCUAGCCCCUUCAUGCAGAAGGUCCAGUCUCCUUCCUUCCUUCCCAUCUCUUCUACUUCCCCUGCUCAUUCUAGCUCCGCUAUUACUGCCAUUAAUAGCAUCUCCAAUGCCACCACUAGUAGCGAUGGACAUCGUUCAUCCAGUAGCAAAAGCUACCAACUACGUUCGUCAUCACAUAUUCUUCUGCAGCGAGAAGUAUAUAUGAAGGAGCAACUGCAAGGCGAAGACAUGAUGGAGGAGAUAAAGAAGAGGUGUAGAUAG